GUCUGAGUAAAUGGCUGUCAAAUGCAUAUCUGCGAUUACAUUCUGCGAUAAAAAUCCAAACUUUGGUCGGUAAUUGAAGCAUUUGCCUUCGUGUCUUUGCUACGUGCGUGAGUGCCAGUAAACGCGGGAAUGUCGCAGCUGCUGCAGGAUCAAACAUUCCACAAUUGCGUCUCCAAAGUGCUCUUCAUAUCACAAUUUUUCGGCUUGUUGCCCGUUUCCAACAUAUUGGCCAACGAUGUGCAGCGGAUCCAUUAUACUUGGUUUAGUUCACAUGUCCUUUAUUCGGGGAUCAUACUACUUUUGAAUACAUUGGAAUUCUUCACAGUUGGUUAUUUGGUAUUCAAAUCUGGUUUAAAUUUUCACAAUUCAGGUACAAUAUCUUUGUUUGUGGUGUGCAUGCUGGAGCAUUUGUACUUUUGGCGUUUGGCCAUUAAGUGGCCAUUUAUCAUGCGAGCGUGGCGACGCACAGAGGAGAUAUUCCUACGUCCGCCCUAUCGUAUAUAUGCGACAUAUAAUAUGAAGGCACGCAUUUACGCAUUAACCUGUCUGGUUAUGUGUAGUGCCAUGGUGGAGCACAGUUUUCUUGUAUUUAAUUCGUUUCAUAAAAGCAAUUUAGAACGAACGCAAUGCAAAUACAAUAUCACUUUUUGGGAGAGUCUCUACAGUCGGGAAAGGCCACACUUAAGUAGAGUUGUACCAUUUAACAUUUGGUAUUUACCUGUGGUCGAAUGGAUUAAUUUAACCUUGGCUUAUCCCAGAUCCUUUACUGAUGCGUUCAUUAUUUGUGUCAGCGUGGGGCUUGCGGCACGUUUUCAUCAACUUUAUCUACGCAUAGAUGCUGUCCAUAAUAAGGCCCUUCCAAUGCUCUUCUGGACUGAAGUGCGAGAACAUUUUCUCGAGCUAAUGCAUCUUAUGCGUUUACUGAACGACAAAAUAGCACCGCUGAUACUAUUAGCAUGCAGUAAUAAUAUGUACUUUAUCUGUUUUCAGCUAUUCAACAGUUUCCAAAAUAUCGGCGUUGACCUGAUUGCUGUUACCGCUUUCUGGUAUUCCUUGUUUUUCGCCAUCUUUCGCACCAUUCUUACACUCUUCAUGGCCUCCUCUGUUAAUGACUACAGCAAACGGAUAUUGUUGACUCUGCGAAGCGUGCCAAGCACGUCGUGGUGUGUUGAGGUGGGCAUAACACCACGCUUCGUUUAUAAUCAUAAUAAGUGUCAUUGCCACUUUUGCUUUCCCUUCCACUAUGUGGCUCUCUUUUAUUGGCGCUAUUUUGUUAUUGGCUCAACGGUUCAGCGAACAGCUGGCCUUCGAUUUAACGGCUUGGUCUGGUUGCGGUUUCUUCUUCAUCACGCGGCAACUAAUUUUGGCGAUGGCCAGCACUAUCUUUACCUAUGAGGUUAUGGUUACUGACGUCAUCAACAAAGGCUCCAUUCAGCAGGUUACGAGUUACUGCAGACAGAUUGAGUACGAAGCUGAUAAUGAGUAAACUCAUGUGAACUGCCGUUUGAUUAGAUUUAAUGAGAACAUUUUGAAGAAUAAAAUAAAAAUGCACAAAAGCCUCGGAAUAAA